AUGUACGACGCACUUAAUACACCUGGUUGUCCGACAGAAGAACGUGGGAUUUUAGACCCUAAAAUCGAUGAAGAUAAGCUUCAGAUGCUUUAUGGACAGCUAGCAAGCAUUUUACUUCAGCUCUCCGAACCUUCCUUGCCUCGCAUCGGAUCUCUCAGCCAGAUUGACGAAUUCACUUGGGAUGUCACUCAUCGGCCGUUGUCUAUGAACAUGAAUGACCUUGUACGACGUGGAGGAUUACCCCGAUCAGCACUUUCGGAAGCGAAAGCUACGUUCACUACAGCCUCUUCGUAUCUCGAGGCUCUCGCAGACCUUAACAUUGAUCAUCUAAUGCACCAGCGAAACGAUGCUAUUCAGUCGGCGGAUGAUUGCCGACGGAAAUUUGUAGCGCGGAAGCUAUUUCGUAAGCUUGCAAAGAGCAAGCAACUUAUGAACCCAUCGCUCAAUAGAGGGCCUUUCAAAAUCUGGUGCGAUGAUCUACGGCCGGCCAAUGUGCUCUUGAACGGAAGUUUACAGGUUGUUGGCGUGGUCGAUUGGGAGUUUACGUACGCGGCGCCUGCUGAGUUUUCUCAUGCGCCACCAUGGUGGCUUUUGAUUGAAAAACCCGAAUUAUGGCCUCGAGGCAUUGAAGAUUGGUCAGAAAUAUUCGAACAUCGCCUCAAGACAUUUCUCAAAGCGAUGAAAGCCUGUGAGGAUGUGAAAAUCCAACAGGGUCGCUUGCAAGAAGAUCAGCGGCUGUCAAUACCGAUGCAACGAAGUUGGGAGAGUGGGGAUUUCUGGAUCGUAUAUGCGGCCCUGAAUAGCUUUGCUUUUGAUAUGAUUUACUGGCAAAAAAUUGACCCACGCUUUUUCGGAUCCAGUCAGACAACCGACAAAGCGUGGGAGGAGAGAUUGGAUUUAUUAGAUGAAAAGGAAAAGUGUGAGAUGGAAGAACUGGUGGCUCGAAAGCUGCAUGAGAUGGAUAGCAGGGUUCUAGAGUGGGAUCCGGAUGAUUACACGAUAGAAUUUCGUCAAAAGCUGAGGGAGACAAAAGAGAGGGCAACCUGA